UUUCGCAUGUCUUUGCCUACAGGUGGACUGGCCGUCCGCCUAGGAAGACCGUUUUCAUCAGUGUAGAAAAAUGGUGUCAAAUUUUUUGAAAGAAAAAUAUUGAUAAAUGCAUACGCAGUCCCUAUAUGGCUAUAUAUAUGGUGGUAAACUGGCAUGUACACAUGCUGUUGUGAGUAGUGAUUAGCUAGGCGGCUAUUAGCAGCAGCAACCAGUUCUUUUUGCGUAUGAUAGAUGAUGCAGAGUGCAGCUGGAGCAAUGGAGCUGCUGGUGGCGUCGCAAGAAGCAGGCGGCGUUGUGGUGGUGGGCAUGAACAGUGGCGACGCCGGAGAGCUGAGCUACGCCAACAACUCGGACAUGCAGCGGACGAUCGCUGCGGCGACGAGGAAGGAGCGGCAGGAGAUGGCGGCGGCCGUUCGGCGCGGUCGGCGGCAGGCGAGAGCCAUAGCCAUCGCCGACCUCGGGUGCGCCACAGGGCCGAACGCGCUGCUGAUGGCCGGCGACGCCGUUGAGGCCAUGCUGGGCGACGCGGAGCGGCAGCAGGAGGCGGCGCCUGCAGAGUUCCACGUCUUCCUCAACGAUCUCCCCAGCAACGACUUCAACAGCGUGUUCCGGCAGAAGCAGAAGCUGGUGGUGCCGAGCAAUAAUGCCAAUAGCAGCCGGUGCCUGGUGUCGGCGUGGCCGGGGUCCUUCUACGGGCGCGUGUUCCCGGCGGAUAGCCUGGACUACGUGGUGUCGUCGUCGAGCCUCCACUUCCUGUCUAGGGCACCCGCAGAUGCGGCGCCCAACGAGGGGAGGAUGUACGUGUCGGCGUCGUCGAGCUCGAGCUCCAGCUCCAGGGUGCUGCACGCCUACAGGGCUCAGUUCCAGGCCGACUUCCGCCUCUUCCUCUCCUGCCGCGCCGAGGAGGUCCGCCGCGGAGGCGUCCUCCUCCUCACCUUCGUGGCCAGGCGGGAGGCGGUGCCCUCGCCGCACGACUGCCACCUCUGGGACCUGCUCGCCGAGGCCGCCGCCGACGACAGGAGGCUCGUCGACUCCUUCGACGCGCCCUUCUAUGGGCCCUGCCCGGAGGAGCUGAGGGAGGCCAUCCGCGAGGAGGGGUCCUUCCAGGUGACGAGGAUGGAGCUCUUCGAGGUGAGCCGCUCCCGCUCAUGCCAAUCCCAAGCAGAUCUAGAUCAGCUGGCGGCUCAGACAAGCAGCACCAUCAGGGCGGUGGUUGAGCCUAUGCUUGGACCACACUUCGGGUGGGACGCCAUGGACGCCCUCUUCCGGAGGUACACCCACCUGCUCCACAAUUACUACCGCCACAACAACGACCAGCUCACCAACGUCUUCCUCGCCUUGCACAAGAUUUGACUUCAUUCAUCCCAUCCUUCCUUCCUUCAACCAUAUAUAUAUACCACAUUCCCUACAGUAUCAGUAUGUAUUACUGUAUUUCCAAAACGUACCUACAAUAUAUACCACGUGUCAGUUCUACGAUAUAUAUAUACUACCCGGAUAAAAUGAUAGUAUCGUUUCUAAAAUCGGGAUACCAACUGUUUCAUGUACUAGACAAUAUUUAAAUUCAAAACUAUUUAAGUGUAUUUGUGUUUAUGUAUCUUCAAAAUCAAUCUUAAAUAAAAUUAUUAGAACUAGUGAGUGGCUUUCUCUUGACAAAUGUCUCUUUUCAUGUACUAUUCUAUUUAUUUAGAAUGGCUAUAUAUAUUUAAUAUAAAUAUUAAAUUAAACUUAAAAAAAUAAAAUAUUAUAUAUCCCGAUACUACGAUGCGAUUAAACAAUCCGAUACUACUCACCUUCUACAUGUUCAAAGUGUAUAGUACAACUUCCAUUCUAGCAGUAUAUUAUAUACUAGUAUAUAUCUGUUCAAAGUGUAUAGUACAACUUCUCUUCUAGAUGUGAUCCUCCUAUCUUAUUAUAAAUAUGUUUUUAUUGUGUUUGUGUUGUAAUUAACAUAUAUAAAUCUGUUGUGACUGGAAUGGAUUUUAAACCUCUUGAGGGAUAAUGACUGCUUGUAUA